AUGAACUUCCAGGUGACAGGCCUAGCCCUACACAAGAUGACACUGAACAGUCCACAGUCCUUCCUGGACUCAGAGGAGCUGGAAGAGGUAGAAGACCAGCAGCUGCUGGAACCAGAAGCCUGGAGGACCUAUGUGGAACAUCGCAACAUACUGCGUGAGUUUCUGACCACAGACCUGAGUCCCCAGCUGCUCAAGCGCCACCAUGCCCGCAUGCAGCUGCUCAAAAAGUGCUCCUACCACAUUGAAAUCCUCCCUAAGCACCUGGCCCUGGGCGACCAGAAUCCGCUGGUGCUGCCCAACACCAUGUUCCAGCUCAUUGACCCCUGGAAGUUUCAGCGCAUGAAGAAGGUAGGCACAGCACAGACCAAAAUCCAACUCCUGCUACUUGGGGAUCUGCUGGAGCAGCUGGACCAUGGUCGUGCAGCCCUGGAUGGCUUGCUAGAAGCACCUGACCCACAGCCCUUCCUGACUGGCUGGGGUCUUGUGGAGCAGCAGCUGGCAGAACUGUCAGCUGUCAUGGACAACUUCCUGGCCAUGAUGGUGCCAGGGCACCUGCAUGUCAAACACCGCCUGGUAUCUGACAUUGGAGCCACCAAGAUUCCACAUAUCCGGCUCAUGCUGAGCACCAAGAUGCCAGUCAUGUUUGACCGGAAGGAGUCAGUGGCUCAUCAGGACUGGGUCAGCCUGCGCUGGUUUGUCACUGUCCAGCCAGCAGCCCCAGAGCAGUUUGAGCUGCACUUCAAGCUGCUGGAGCCACGGACACAACAGGAAUGCACACAGUGUGGCAUUAUCCCAGUGGCUGCCUGCACUUUUGACGUCCACAACUUGUUGCCUAACCGCACCUAUAAGUUUACUAUCAAGAGAGCAGAAAGCUAUACCCUGGUGUAUGAGCCCUGGCGGGAUAGCCUCACCCUGCAGACCACACAGAGGCCUCCCGAAAGGGCCUCCCCAAGUCCGCUGGGCAAGCCCAGCCUGCCCCUGACCACACCUUCCGAGAGAUGA